AUGGCGACUCCCGCAGAUUUCGCCCGCAUAGGCAAUUAUGCCCGAAUGUACAAUCCCAACCAAAACAUUGAUCGUCGCCAAAGCACCAGAGUCACGCCCAUGGAAGUUCUAUCGUUGGGAUUUUCCCGCACGGGAACGUUAUCGAUGCGUGAAGCAUUGGAUAUUCUGGGCUACCCGAAUCCGUACCAUUUCAGUAGCUUCUACGAUAAUGUCCGAGAAUGCGACAUGUGGCGAGACCUGAUCGCCUCCAAGUUUGAGGGCAAAGGACCGCCUGUGACCAAGGAGGAUUUCGAUGGAUUGCUGGGGCAUUGUGGUGCUGUGACGGAUAUACCUUGUCAUCUCUUCGCCGAAGAAUUGAUGGAAUUUUACCCUGAUGCCAAAGUUGUGCUUGUGGAGAGGGAUAUUGACUCUUGGUUCAAGUCGUGGUGUGGAUUCUUGGACAAUGCGUUGAGUCCAGGUCUGCCGACGCUCGCGGAAUCGGAUCCGGAGAUGGGAGGGAGGAUUGUUGGACUGGGAAACGCAUGCGUCAAAAUUCAAUGUGGCGAUACCCUGGAUCUGGAAGAGGCCAAGGCGAGGUCUAAAGAGGUGUAUAGGAAGCAUUAUGCGCUUGUCAGAUCUCUUGCGGAGGAGGGUAGGAUCUUGGAAUAUCGUCUCGGGGAUGGAUGGAAACCGUUGUGUGAUUUUCUUGGAAAGGAGGUUCCAGAUGUGCCAUUUCCUCGUGUGAAUGAUACAGAAUCGAACUCGCAGGGUUUCAAGGAGCUUGCUGCCAUCAUGAUCCAAAACGCAGCGGCAAAGGACUGA